AUGGACUGCUGCCAUCACAAGGAGUGCUGCCUUCGCAGGAGUGCUGCCUUCGCAAAGAGUGCUGCCUUCGCAAAGAGUGCUGCCUUCGCAAGGAGUGGUGCCUUCGCAAGGAGUGGUGCCUUCGCAAGGAGUGCUGCCUUCGCACAGAAUGCUGCAUUUGCACAGAGUGCUGCCUUCGCAAGGAGUGGUGUCUAUGCACGGAGUGCUGCCUUUGCACAGAGUGCUGCCUUUGCAAAGAUUACUAUCUUCGCACGGUGUGCUGCCUUUGCACAGAGUGCUGCCUUCGCAAGGAGUGCUGCCUUCGCAAGGAGUGCUGCCUUCGCAAGGAGUGCUGCCUUCGCAAGGAGUGCUGCCUUCGCAAGGAGUGCUGCCUUCGCAAGGAGUGCUGCCUUCGCAAGGAGUGCUGCCUUCGCCAGGAGUGCUGCCUUCGCAAGGAGUGCUGCCUUCGCAAGGAGUGCUGCAUUCGCGCGGAGUGCUGCCUUCGCUAGGAGUGUUGCCUUCGCACGUAGUGCUGCCUUCGCAAGGAGUGCUGCCUUCGCAAGGGGUGGUGCCUAUGCACGGAAUGCUGCCCUUGCACAGAGUGCUGCCUUCGCAAAGAGUGCUGCCUUCGCAAAGAGUGCUGCCUUCGCAAGGAGUGGUGCCUUCGCAAGGAGUGGUGCCUUCGCAAGGAGUGCUGCCUUCGCACAGAAUGCUGCAUUUGCACAGAGUGCUGCCUUCGCAAGGAGUGGUGUCUAUGCACGGAGUGCUGCCUUUGCACAGAGUGCUGCCUUUGCAAAGAUUACUAUCUUCGCACGGUGUGCUGCCUUUGCACAGAGUGCUGCCUUUGCACAGAGUGCUGCCUUUGCACAGAGUGCUGCCUUUGCACAGAUUGCUGCCUUUGCACAGAGUGCUGCCUUUGCACAGAGUGCUGCCUUUGCACAGAGUGCUGCCUUUGCACAGAGUGCUGCCUUCGCAAGGAGUGCUGCCUUCGCAGCGAGUGCUGCCUUUGCACAGAGUGCUGCCUUCGCAAGGAGUGCUGACUUUGCACAGAGGGCAGCCUUUGCAAGGAGUGCUGCCUUUGCACACAGUGCUGCUUUCGCAAGGAGUGCUGCUUUCGCAAGGAGUGCUGCUUUCACAAGGGGUGCUGCCUUCGCAAGGAGUGCUGCCUUUGCUAGGAGUGCUGCCUUCGCAGGGAGUGCUGCCUUCGCAGGGAGUGCUGCCUUCGCUAGGAGUGCUGCCUUCACUAGGAGUGGUGCCUUCGCUAGGAGUGGUGCCUUCGCUAGGAGUGGUGCCUUCACUAGGAGUGGUGCCUUCGCUAGGAGUGGUGCCUUCGCUAGGAGUGCUGCCUUCGCUAGGAGUGCUGCAUUCGCAGGGAGGGCUGCGGUCGCAAGGGGUGGUGCCUUCGCACGGACUGCUGCCUUCGCUAGAAAUGCUGACUUCGCAUGUAGUGCUGCCUUCGCACGGAAUGCUGCCUUUGCACAGAGUGAUGCCUUUGCACAGAGUGCUGCCUUCGCAAGGAGUGCUGCCUUCGCAAGGAGUGCUGCCUUCGCAUGGAGUGCUGCCUUUGCUAGGAGUGCUGCCUUCACAGGGAGUGCUGCCUUUGCUUGUAUUGCUGCCUCCGCACGGAGUGCUGCUUUCGCUGGGAGUGAUGCCGUCGCAUGUAGUGCUGCCUUCGCAAGGAGUGCUGCCUUGGCACAGUGUGCUGCCUUCGCAAGGAGUGCUGCCUUUGCACAGAGUGCUGCCUUCGCAAGGAGUGCUGCCUUCGCAAGGAGUGCUGCCUUCGCAGGGAGUACUGCCUUUGCAAGGAGUGCUGCAUUCCAAGUAGUGCUGCCUGCAAAAGGAGCGCUGCCUUCACAAGGAGUGCUGCCUUCGCAAGGAGUGCUGCCUUCGCAAGGAGUGUUCCCUUCGCACGGAGUGCAGCCUUCGCACGUAGUGCCGCCUUCCCACGGAGUGCUGCCUUUGCACAGAGAUCUGCAUUCGCAGAGUGUGGUGCCUUCGCAUGAAGUGCUGCCUUCGCAAGGUGUGCAGCCUUCGCUAGGAGUGCUGCCUUCAAAAGGAGUGCUGCCUUCGCAAGGAGUACCGCCUUAG